AUGUCUACAGAUCAACCAGCUGGAUUUAAACUCAGUGAUUUACUUUCCGUUUUGGACAAGGAUCAACUCUUCAAAUUAUUCGAAACUAUCAAAAACGAAUAUCUGCCACCAAUCAACAAAUUUAAAGAAUUACAAACAGAAAAGAAAGUUAAUGCCCAAUCAAUUUAUCAAUUAAUACUUGAUCAUUUGAAUUUAUUAUUGAUCACUUGGAUGAUGAUCUUUUCCAUCUUGUCAAUUGUCUUACCACAAGUCAUUCAAUUUUUCUUGACAUUUACAACACAUAGUUUUGUCAAUGAAUGGAUCAGAAUUUGUGGUGUGUUCACUUUCCCAAUCACUUUGCUCUUUAUUUUGUUUUACAAAUCACAAAAUGCUGAAAUUCAAAGAGAUUUGGCAAUUACAAUGGCUGUUGUAAACUUUGUCAUUGCACUUGUGUUGCUUAUUUAUUUAAAGGUUGGAAUGUCGUUGAUUGUAGGAUUGUUGAGUGCUGGUUUUGGAGUUUUAUUCCUCAAGAAGGCAAAUAUUUUUUAAAAGUAAACUUUAAAUUUAUUCG